AUGUCCACCCCUAACGAUCUCCAGGCCCUCUUGGCCAGCAUUCGUCCCCGUCCGUCCCCUUCGAACACUCCCGGCCAUGAUAAUCCUCAGGCUCAGCGCCAAUCGCACUACCAGCCUGGCAUGUUCCCGCCGCAUCCUCAACAGCCCUAUGACGGUCAGAGCUACCCCCAUCCUCAGUCACACGGCUACCAUCAUCCAUCCGUGUCAUCGACAAUCCAGAGUCCCGCACCCAUGAACACUCCACCACGCCAGGGCUCCGACAUCAUAAGCCCGAACGUGCCAACUCCUCGUGGUGAAUGGCCUCAUCAGCCGCAGAUGCCGAACAACCCUGACCGUGCUGUCGACCUUUUGAGCCUGCUCAGAUUCAACCAGGGUGCUGGUGCUACCUCUCAGCCUCAGGCCCCAGCUGCUGUCGCUGAACACCUACGCUCUCCGCCAGUCCACGAACCUUCCUCGUCGCACGGACGAAACAUUUCCGCGUCUGAUUUGGUUGCUAGUUUGUUCGGUCAGAACACUGGUGCUCCUGCGGCCCCCGCAGCUGCCCCAGCUGCUGUUCCCCCAGGAUUUCAAUCUGGUCAUCCCGAGGGUCCUAAUGAGAACACGCAAGACAUGUUGCUUCGUCUGCUCAACCGUUCUCAGUCCGGGCCUCCUGUCGACCCGUCCGCCCAGGCUACAGCCCAGGUUUCUGCUGCAGUCAAUGAGCCUCAGGUCGAGAUGACUAAGAAUGUUCUCAUGGAAGUUGUGGAUGAAAGUCCCCAGGGUCGUGCGCACCCGGAAACGGUCGCAUCCCCUACUUCAAAGGAUUCUAUGUUCACCUAUGUGAACCCCUUCGACCAAUUGGCCGCUAUCUCUCCUCGCAAUAAGUCUCCCCAGCCUGCCUCGGGUAACCAGAGCCCGGCUGUGGAAGUUAUGCAGAAGCAAAAGAUCAACGUUACUGCUAAGCUGGAGCCUUCGCCGGCUCCCAAGCCUGCUUCUCCUCGGGAGAGAAGAGAUUCGCCAGUCCUGAACGAUGACCAGCGCGAGGCUGUGAAUGGUGUCGUCGGCCGUCUCGUAGAUGAGAUUGGCCGUUCGCUCAGCAGUGGUGAGUCUCAGGCCGCAGCCGAAGCGGAAGCUGCUGUUUCUGUUGUCAAGGAUGAAUCCUCUGAGUCAGUUCUUGCAUCGAUUGCCAACAAUCUGCGUGAGACUGCUGCCGACGCCAAGGAAGCCGCCACCUCGCUCGACGAAACUGUGACGGAGACCGUGGUGGAAGUUGCUACGGCUCCGGUCCCUCAGAAGGCGAAUGAGAACACCGAGGCUUUGGCUGAUAGCUGGGAGAGCGCCGAGGACAGUGCUGAAAAGGAAGAAGAACGAGUUGUCUCUGUUCACAACUUCCCUAUGAAGCCGUUCAUCUCUAUUGCUGUCAAGCCCCAGUCUGGAAAGCUCAACACCUUCCGCGAUGACGAUGUCAUGGAUAUUGCCCGUCUGAAGAAGGAAUUCGAUCAACUUGACCGUUCGUUGACUGCAGCUACCUCUGAAUACAUUGUGUACGCGCUCGCCAAGACCGGUGGAAUUAGAAUCAUUCGACAGGAUGACGGUAGUGACCGUCAGGUCUUCCGUUCCACCCGUGACCGUGUGUUCAAUGUCGCUAUUUGCACAGCCGGCGACUCUGAAGUUCAAGCCAUCAUCGGCAUUGGAGUCAGUGGCUCUGUCUAUUGGGCUUUGAUCUCCCGUUCUGGAAAGGACUUCUUUGAUAUGGAUGCUUUGGAAAGUGAAAGUUUGGUCUUCCCGCCUUUCCCAGCCUCCGACGAGAACACCUCUGGUGGCCAGCUGAAAACGCGGGCUAAGCGGAGCACUCGUCACACCAACCUGUUCGCUAUUGGACGGGGCAAGAAUAUCUACGUUGUUUCUCCCGAGGCGGCGAUGAACCCAGCCUAUGGCGUUUCCGGCACUCAGCGCACUGUCAACACUGAGAAAUUCUUCAAGGAGCGUGCCUUGAAGAUCUCUACUGGUAAAGCCGGCAAGGACUUUGCUUUCAGUGACGAUGAUUCUGUCAUUGCCUCUCUGGACAAGACUGGCCGCCUGCGCUUUUGGGAUAUCAAUGAUAUGCUCGCCGACGCGAGCUUGCUAGAAGGUCCUCCUCCGGCCGAGAUCCGGGUCCCCUUGACCACCUUUGUCACUGGUUCCCCGACUGAGAAGUCUUGGCCUACCUCGGUCCUUUUCCUUGACAAGCUUCGUGCUUAUUCGCGAUCCAUGGCGCUGCGCUAUGUUCUGGUCGGACUGAAGCAAAACCACACCUUGCAGCUCUGGGAUAUCGGGCUUGGCAAGGCUGUGCAGGAGCUGAAGUUCCCUCACGAGAAUGAGUCUGAUGCCAUCUGCAGUGUUGCUUAUCACCCAGCAUCUGGGGUCAUUGUUGUAGGACACCCUACGCGCAAUUCGAUAUACUUUGCGCACCUGUCCGCACCGCGAUACAACUUGCCUCAGAUGUCUCAGGCAGCCUACAUCCAAGCCCUCAAUGACAAGGACAACGCUCUGCCCAAGCCCGAGUCUACCGCCUGCUUGAGUGGAAUCCGGGAGAUCUCUCUCGGUUCCAAGGGCCAGCUGAGAAGCUUGGAGCUCCUUCCCAUCUCCAAAUCUGCCACCGAGAAGCGCGGUACUGAGGAGUCUGCUCUGUUUGAGCUGUACGUCAUGCACUCUCGUGGUGUCACCUGCCUGAACAUCAAGAAGGAGGACUUGGGCUGGACAGCCGAUAACAAGGUCAUUCGGCCGGUUGAUGCUAUGGAGCACGGCUUCAUUGAAAUCAGCGACCUGGCGACUUUCCCCAGCUUCACCACUGAUGAUCCCUCCAUCAAUGGCGACAAUGUCUCGGUCCAGUCCCGCGCUGGUACCAAGGAGCCUGCCAAGAAGGCGGAUGUCGGAGAGUCGACUUCUGGUGUCGCUCCUUCGCGUAACGCGUCACCCAUUAAGUCAUCCAAGAAGAAGGCUGUUGAUGAGCCCACCGAGGUAGCAGCGACGCCCAUCGUGGCUGACAAGUCUGAAAGGAAAAAGAAGAAGAAGGCUGCCGCCGCUGAGGCAAAGACAAAGGACCCUGUCGCUACUGCUGGUGUCGAGCCUCUUCCGGUUCCUCCUGUCGCUAAGGAAUACGAGUCUCUUGCCUCGUCCACUGCGGCAAUGGGUGCGACCCAGGCUGCCGACCAUGCCGUGUCUGCCACCCCUAGCUUGUCUAGAUUCAAUCUUUCCAGUGAGGCCCUGGGCAGACAUAUCCAGAACCUGGAGAACACUGUCUCGACCCAGUUCACCAAGACUCUUGGGCUUGAAUUCGACAAGUUGAACCGUCUAUUUGACGAUGAACGCCGCCACUGGGAUGCUGCCGGGACUGCCAGGCAGGAUCAAGUGUUGCGCUUGGUCUCCGACUCUCUGUCUGACAACGUCGAGAAGAACUUGGCCCGCAUUGUCUCAACUAGCAUUCAGAGUGAUGUGAUCCCCACUCUCACUGAUGGCACCUCGGCUGCAGUCAGCAAGCAGCUGAACGGCGUCGUCGCCCAGCAGCUCGGAGUCACGUUGAACGAGGAACUGCGACAGGCUCUCCCCAAGGCGGUCAUCAAUGCUAUGCAGCAGCCGUCUGUGAUCAAGGGUGUUACCGAUUCCCUCGCCCAGAAGCUUUCUCCUCGCAUUGAGGCUGAAAUGAUCCGCGUCAUGCAGACCUCGCUUGCCCCCAUGCUCGAGAGCCUGGGACGUACCACACAGAAGGUGGAGUCAGACAUGGAGCGUCACUUGCAGGCUCAGAUUAAGUACUACGAAGCACAGCGCCAGGCUGAUAAUGCAAAGAUCGAGGAAAUGUCGAACAUACUGCGUGGUUUGUCCCAGACCGUUGCUUCUUUGGCCGCCAACCAGGGCCACCCAAGUCCCAAGCGUGAGGUUCAGCGUGAGGUUCAGCGCGAGGCCCAGAACGUCAACGUCAACAAGCGCGCCUCGGUUGGACGUCCUUCUGGAAACCAGGCUCGCAUGCCCCAGCAGCAGCAGCCGGUGCCUCAGCCUGUCCCAAUCCCUCAAGCCGCCCCUGCCCCUGCCCCUGCCCCUGUCCAGGUACCUACUCCUCGGACUCCCGAAGAAGCCGAGCUGGCAGAUAUCGUUCAUUGUAUCAAUGCCGGCCGCUAUGAGGAAGGCACUGUCAAGUGGCUCCAAUCGGACCAGCAAGCCGACCUCUUUGACAACUUCUUCGUUCGAGUGUCUCCUGCAUUCCUGUCUCGACUUCCCGCAAUCGUUCUGCUCUCCGUCGCCGUGGCAGUGACUUCUACCUGGCAGACCAACGUCGGUCAACGCCUUCACUGGCUCGACGUGGUUCUCCAAAGUGCAAACCCCGACGACAAUGACCUCCGUGAAGUCGCACCCCGCAUCCUGGACAUUAUGAGCCAACGCCUGAACACCCUGUACAUGAACAUCGUCGAGCGCAACCCGCACGACCCAAUCCUGCGCCUCAUUGCGCCUCUUGCCCGUCGUACCCGGGAGCUGCAUUCCACCAUUUGA